AUGUUUUAUGCGUCCUGGGAUCGAUUUGCACUUUAUCAGAUGGAAAUCAUUGGUCAUUAUAGUUAUGCAGCCAGCGAAAUGUUCAUCUUCAUGCGGGUUUAUUAUAUACAACGUCCUCCGGUGCAUUAUUACGCUUGUUGUCUUUCGGCAUUGAUCUCAACAGCUUUGGACCUAUCAACUGUUGAAUUUUUGUUGUGCCUUCGAUAUUUGUCAGUAUAUCGGAAAAUUUUCUUGUCAAGCUGUGAAACAGCAUGUUACAUCUCAUUUCGAUAA